AAGCCAAAGAAACCUCCACCUCCAGUUAAAACUCCAGCUCCAAAGCCUGAGUUGCCAACUGGAGAGAAGAAAUUCCCUUCUUUGAGGCCUGAAGAAAAAGAUGAAAAAGGAGCUUUGGAUCAGAAGCCUUUGAAGCCACAGGCUCCUCAAGUACCACCCAAAAAGCCUAUUCCUCCAAGCAAGACUAACAGCUUCCUGAGAGCAGGGCUUCUGCACCCAAAACGUCCAGAUAAACCUGUUUUGCCAUCGUCUGUAUCCAAAUCUAAUGGAGAAGUUGUUUCUCUUCGACCGAAAUCUGAAGUUGAGCCAGUAGCAAAACCAAAGUUAGACUCUGAACUGUUACCACUUAGACCAAAAUCAGUAGAGGUAGAUUCACUUGUGGUAAAGAGCUCUAAAGAUUCAGAUCUGUUAAGCUUUGAUGAUGUAAUAGCUACCUCAGAUAAUCUAUCGCACCCUACUGCAAACCGACCCAAGAUGCCUGGUAGGAGGCCGCCUUCACGUUUCAAUAACAGUAAUCCUGCAAGUCAAAGUCUGAGUCCAGAAAAAAAUUUGAAGGUGCAGAAAGAAGAAGAAAGUGCCAAACCAAAGCCAGUUGAAACAAAAAAGCCAUCUGCAUUCACUUCACCAAUUCCAUCUUCAUCUCAGAGACCAAGUUCUGUUCUACUCAACUUGUUUCCUGGAGACAUCCAACUUAAAGGAGAGUCGGAUGAUGAAAAAAUUUCUGUGGAAGAGCUCAGGACUCAGAUUAAUGAUUUGAUGGGUUUAGUAGAUGCACUGAAGAAAGAACAUGGGAGAGAACUGGAAAAACUAAAGAAGGAUUUGGAAGAAGAGAAGCUGUUGCGAAGUAAUCUGGAGUGCAAUACCUUUAUUGUCAUCUGCAGGUUCCUCACUGUUAAUCCAGUCAGACAGGAAAAGGAGGAGGCUGGUGCCCAGGGUUAUUUCUUCAUGGAAAAACUCUUAACUGAACCAGAGCAGCCCAGCAACGCUGGGUCAGACCGUAAGAGCGAGACUGGGGCACGAUGGCAGCAGAGGAAUGGUUAG